UAAUCAAGAUGGCUGCUCUCUGUUGGGAUUUUGCUUCGCAAAUGUAGGCUGACGUUCAUGCACUAGGCCUACUUCAACUACUUCAGUACUUGGCUGCAUUAUUGAUUCGGUCUUCUGUCCAUGUUUACACAGCAUGGAACAGCCUCGUCUGUGUGGCGAGCCGUUCAAGGCAACAAAAUUGUGGAAUAUGAUCAUUCAGGAGUUUCGUUCGGGAAUGCCCCUCAAGCGUCAUCGCCGAGGACUGCGCGGACGUUACCAUGACAACUGCUUCACGUCCACUGAGGCCAUAGACUGGCUGCACGAGUACCUGCAGAAUUGCGACAGAUUUGGUCCCUGGGUUAGCAGGGCACAGACCAUCUCGCUGCUCGAGAAGUUUCUUCACAGUAAGGUCAUACAGGGGGUCAAGGGGUCGGCUAAGGGCAGCCCGGGCAAGUUUGAGGACAACGGUGACCUGUACAAAUUUGUGCCUGUCUCUCCAAUCAAAAAGCUCCGAUCUGCACUCAACAGCCGUUCCAACCUCCGGACGAGGACCCCACUGAAGACCAUCAGCUCACAGCCUGUUGUGGGCAGGACACUGUCCUACGACAACCCGGCAUUCAGCAUCCAGGACUCAGACAAGGAGUCUGCCCGGCAGGGGAAGGGGGACAGGGCUGACGGGGGAGUGCCACAGUGCCGUCUAGUCCAGAGACCGCUGACAACAUCACAGAGGGAAGACGUCUGGAAAAGUACCACUCUCAAUCGGUUACAGAGGCUGCUGUGGCUGACUUCCUUGGAGGGCCUCCUGGAUACCAGCCUGAUCAACCCCAAGCACAUCAUCCACAGCUGCACCCACGUCAGCAAGAACGGUGUGGUGUUGGUGCCCAAGGACCAGGAUGACCUGCCCAGCUGGGUGCUGUCGGCGAUGAAGUGCCUGGCCAACUGGCCCAAUGGUCCUGAUUCUGGACUCCCAAACUACCCGGGCUUUGAGAGAGACGUAUUCAAGACGGUCAGCUCCUACUUCCUGGGUCUAACCCAGCCCCUGCUGACACAUCACCUCUAUGACAUUGUCAUUGAGUCAUUUGUAACUGCUGAGCGCAGAGACAGGGGUCUUUAUCCAGGGGCGGAGUCUCCACCCACCCCUCCUCAGACCAUUCAGGGGUUGGCCUCCUUUGAAUCCGUCGAGAACCUGAUGCUCAACAUGACUUCAGCAGGCCUGUUUGGUUACUCACCCGAGUUGGCAGGUGCACCAGAACGGAAGUUUGGAACCGGAGGCAUCUCGGAUGGAAAGGUUCCGGGAUGGUCCCAGGAAGAUGACAUGUCAAAGAGGCUGAAGUUGAUGGAUGGAAGAAGAUGGAUUGGGGAUGUUAGAGGGAUACCUCCCAGUGGCCCUGUAUCCCACAUGCAGUCAGGUAGUGGGCGUGGUUCCUCAGAGAGUAAUGGUCAUGCCCUCCAUACAACUCGUUCCCCACAUUCAAACUGGGGCAAUGGUGGUGUGAAACGAUCCUCGAGCAUGUCAGUCGCAGGUUUCACCAGGCCCAACUCAGAUGGCGGUCACCAUCGACCUACUCAAGGGAUGAGGCGCUGUAGAUCAGAGCCCACAACAGGUUGUCACAGCGUUAACCAGGAUACAGCCCUGAGGACGGGUAGAGAAUCUCAUACCAGACCAGCACCGAGAAGAAUUGAGCUCCGUCAGCAGCACAAUCAAGAAACCACCAGGGAGAAUGAUAAAUCUAUUCAUCAACAGCCGCAGCAACGAUACAGACCACUUUCUGCUCCAGUCCAACAGCAGACUCCAAAGUUCCCAUCGGCAUCAAAUCUCCACAUCCCUGAACAACACCAGCAGGAGUUUCCAGGCCUAGUGGGCAAGUCCAGGAAGUUUACCUCACAAAUCAUAAUCAACGAGAAAAGUGGUAGGGCCCCACAUGGCAUGCACAGACCCUGGACAGGUUUUGCAUCCAAUCAGACAAACUCUUCUACUGCAGCCAGCAGUAGCAUGAAAGACCUAAACUACGGAUUCCAACUGUUGCAUCCGGAGCAAGCAACCAACAGCAAACGGGGGUUUGGCUCCGUGAACGACAUCAGAAAUGCCAUAAAGGCUGACCCGAUGGAAUGCCCCACAAAAGAAACCAACACUCGCAACUUGUUUGUCUCCAAGAAGUUCGGCUCGGCAAGUGAGCUGAUCCAGAGAAUCUUCAAGAAGAAGGGUGGCAGCGGUGAAUCCGAUGGCCCAAGACAACCCAUCUCGCUCGGUCAUCAACUCAGAGGCUCCACACCCAAUUUGCCCAACCAAGAGACCCGGAACCCUUCAUACCCUCUUCCCAAUCCCGACAGAGUUACCCCACCAAAGCCCACUGAGGUCACCAGCAUCAGUGACAAACAGGAGGAGAGAAUCAGCCCGCCUUACCCCCCACCCCUGCGUGCAACCCUCUCAUACUCCGACAUCACCGGUGCCAACAGUGCCAGCCACACACCAGACUCUUGCCCUCAGGUCAACAGACUACGCAGUUCCAGUGCCACAGAUAUGAGGUCAACGGUCAAUGGUCAAAGUUCGGCCGGGAGCAAGAAGAUGAAGAGAAGUGACAGCACAACAAGCCUGUACCUGAGUGAUGACAAGUCGUACACGGAAGAGGCCCUAAGGCUGUGCUGUCUCCUCCUGCCCCCCGUCAACAGACGCAAGCUCCACCUCCUCCUCAAGCUCAUGACCCGGAUGGAGGCCAAUCCCGAUCUGGUUUUGAGCAGUCGCAAGACGACCAGGCAGCUUGUCCUGGAGACAUUCAGCCGAGCCAUCUUGUGCUCCCAGGAGGAGAUUGACUACGACGAGACUCUAGCCUCCCGCAUCGUUGAGUACUUGAUGGAUAACCACGGCAACGUCUUCUCCCAGCCUGGGGAGCUGAAGGCAGACAUCCAGGACAGGCUUGUGUACCUUCAACGGGGCCAGAUAAAGUACGUGACAGCAACGGAGACCCAGAACCCUGCAGCGCCCUCCUACUGCAAGAAGCUGAGCCUGCAGGAGUACGAGGCGCAGAAGUUGAGCAACUCGCAGCAGGCCGUAGCCGACCUCUUAGAGGUCAUCAUCCGCGACCAGAACAUGCCGGCCAAAGAAAAGAAAAAAAAACUCAAACAGUUCCAGAAGACCUACCCCGACAUCUACGCCCGGCAGCUGCCCACCACGGCUAGCGAGGCUGAGCUGUUCCCUGAGAAGCCCAAGAUCAAGCAGCCUAUGACCAACGUCCGUAAGUCCUUCACCAAGCUCAAGUCCCUCAGGUGAUCAGCUCAGCUGCUUCCUGGUAGUCAAGGUACAUUAGCAGACCUAAUGAAAUGGACAUCUCAUCACAGUCUGUCAGUACGUGUUCUUAGUCCACAGAUCAAAGUUCAAGGUAGUCCAGAGGGUUUAGUUUUGAAGAAUUAGUAAUACUGCAGAAAAGAUUCACUUUGAGUGUAAUUUUUAAUCGCAAGCAUCUAAAAUUGUAUUGGCCAGGAACAUGCUCUUUAGGAAAACCAAUUUUGUACAAAUUGCUCUGAAUGAGCAAAAUGAUAAAACUUGCUCCAGAUCCUUCAAAGCAGUAUAUUUCUAGACUACCCACUUACAUACAGGUACAUGCUGACACUUGGGUCAUUCUAUAAAUUUGGGGUCCAUUUUUUGUGUGCCCCUGUCACAUCCAGCAAAGAACAAAGAAGUUUUGGAACACAAUCUUUACUUUCUAAGAGUGAUCAAUUCAUGCAAAAUACCUUCCAAACAAAUAAAUGCAGCUGAAAGUCAAUUUCAGUGAUAUUUUGAUGUCAAUUUCCAUAGGUCGGGUGUAACAGGGACACCACAAAGGUCACACUUUUGAACCCCAGAUUUAUAUUAUGACCCACCUCCAUGUGUCACAUUAGAAAGGCAUUUAGCCAAAUUGGGGUAAUCACCACUUGGAGUCUUUAAAGCAUAUCAAUUUGAGUGUUAAACACCCUGUGCUUUAGAUUGUACUUGGCAACUUGAGACUUGUUUUGGGAUAAAGUCAGUGGUGUUUUUUUUUUGUAAGGUGUUUUUUAUUGUGACGAGGUUUUCAGAACAAGAUGAACAGGAUUUGUUUUUAUACUUGUAGUUCGCAGUAAUCUUGGCGCCAUUUUAGAGGAUUUCCUUUCUAUUUAAUUCUUGCCAAUAGUCAAUUUUAAUGAAAUGAAGCCAAAUCAAGAGUUGUUUUUAUCACAAUUUCAAGCUUUGCAUGUUGGGAAGUCGUGUACACUGUAAAAACUAAAAUGCUUAGAAUUUGUCAUUGGUGUAGUGAAAAUGGUUUUGUGAAAACGAGGGAAGCCCCCAGACUUAAAGGAGCCAUGUGGUUCCAACAUGGACCAACAGCCUUGCGGCUGUUUUGGGGAAAAAGAGGGU